GCCGGAGCUCAGCCAAUCCCAGCGCUCCAGGAGAGCGGGCGCCGGUGGGCGGGGCCCUCGGCGAGGCCCACCGGGCUGUGGGCGUGGCGACGUCGGUGCCCCGGGCGAGCGGGCGGUGGGCGGGAGCCGGACGGAAGAGUGCGGGCUGCGGCGCAGAUGUCAUGUGGCCUGUGCUUUGGACCGUGGUGCGUACCUAUGCUCCCUAUGUCACGUUUCCUGUGGCCUUUGUGGUCGGGGCUGUGGGCUAUCACCUGGAAUGGUUCAUCAGGGGAAAGGAUCCCCAGCCUGUGGAGGAGGAGAAGAGCAUCUCAGAGCGCCGGGAGGACCGCAAGCUGGAUGAGCUGCUAGGCAAGGACCACACCCAGGUGGUGAGCCUUAAGGACAAGCUGGAAUUUGCCCCUAAAGCUGUGCUGAACAGAAACCGCCCGGAGAAGAAUUAAUGGAGAAUAUGACAACACUUGGGUCCUUCUGUGGGCCUGGACUGGUCCUGCCACCAUGUCGACCCGGUCUCAGAACCCACAUCUGAUUUGCUUUGUUGCUUAUUCUGGCCCCUCCUGUACCACCCAGCCACACAUAUACUGGCUGCUUUUCUGUUGCUAGGCAGACUCGAGAGCAGCCGAGGGGCCAGUAAAGAGGAAGGCCCUGAGGGUUCUGGCCUGAGGGCCACAUUUGUUGUAGGGGGGGCCACAGCUGCUCAGGCUUCUGUGGUUCUGGGUGCACUGCUGUGAGGAGUGUUGUGAAAUGAACAUUGGCUGUCAGGCUCUGUGGGGAGGCGAUUUGGCCUCACAGAGUGGCUGGGGUUGGGGUGCUGCCUUUAUGAGGGGCACCUACACGCCCAGGUCCAGGAGGCACUGGGAAGAAUUCAGAAGUCUACCUGGCUCCCUUUACUAGUUUGCCCUGUCCUUUAUGCUCAUUCUUGAAAUCCUGUCCUGUCAGCUCAGGAGUGGGAUUCCCCAAGGAAGGAAAGCAGUUUUCUGUACUUGGAAGCCCAGGCUGUUCACUGUGGGGCAGGGGAAUUUGCUUGAAGACAGUCUCCAUCUUUCACCACCCCCCUCCUAUUACUGUAUAGUGCAAAACUUGAUUAAAGUGGCAUUUGAGAACCAUA